AUGCUGGGUAGACGGCGUUACUGCCGUUAUCGCUGCACUCCUCCGCCUGUCCCUGAAAGAUGGAUCUCCACACUCGACCAGAAUGGUACGAGUGAGUUGUUGGAGCUGCUUGAGCAAGAAGAGAUGCAGCAGCGUGAGGAGACAGGAGCAUUAUUAGAGUUGCUGCAGCGGCAGCGCCGAGACAUUCGUUUGUUGCAGCAGCAGCAGCAGCAGCUGCAGCAGCAGCUUGAGGAGACGCAGGCAACGUUGAACGACCAGAGACAGCAGAAUCAGCAGCUGAGGAGACAGCUGCUGGUUAUUAGAAAGCUAAGAAGCAGCGAGAAGCAAAAGGUAAUAAGCAAUCUAAAGCAAGCAGAGACGCAGCUGCAGCAAGACCUCGACUUCUUCUUCUCUCAGGGGCCCCCAGAAGCAGCAGCAGCAGGCACCCAGAGCUUCUUUGAACCUCCCCUCACACUGCAGCAGACGCAAGCAGCAGCGGAGCUGUUGCGGCAGCGCCAGCAGCUGCAGCAGCAGCAGCAACAACAACAGCAGCAGCAGAAUUGGUCUAGUUCUGCUGCUUCAUCACCGCUAGCUAGCAGGGGGCUGCUGGGGGCCCCCCAGGGGGCCCCCCCUCAAACCUUUUCAAACUUGGGGGCCCCCUCAGCAGCAGCAGCGAAGCUGCCGAACAUUUUGCUGCCUCCGACGUCUACUCUAAGGGGGGGCCCCACACCAGCAGGGGGCCCCCAGCAGCAGCAGCAGCAGCAGCAGCUGCAGCAGCAGCUUAAGGCAAAGCCCCCUUUAAAAGGGCCCCCAGCAAUGAAGCAUGCAAUGCUCGCUCUCGGUAGCAGCAAAACUCCGGGGGCCCCCUCUCUUUUAGCUGCUAAUGGGGGGCCCUCCAACGGGGGCCCCUUAGCUCCCACUAGUGCAGCAGCAGCAGCAGCAGCAGCAGCAGCAGCAGCAACAGGGAAUGGAGAGACAGCAGCAGCAAACAACGCAGCAAAACCCCCUUCUUCUCUGUCUCCUAGCUUCCCUCUCUCCUCACAAUACAACGGACGAGCAGCCGUUGGGGGCCCCCUAAGGGGACCCCUAGGGGGGCCCCCAGGGGGCCCCUCAGGGGCCCCUGGGUUGCUGUCGCCGGGUAUAACUGCUGCUGCUGCAAACUCAAAACCUGCAGCAGCAGCAACCUAUGGUGCUCUGUUAGACGUACCUAAAGGGAUUCCAAGGGGGCCCCCCCCGGGGGCCCCUAAAAGCAUUACUAAAGCAGCUGCUGAUUUAGGUAUAGGCAGCCCCAGCCUAAAGGGGGCCCCUAAAGCUGCUGCUGCUGCUGCUACUGCUGCCUCAGGGGCCCCCAAGGGGACCCUCUUGGGGGCCCCCACGACAGCUGGGGCCGCACCAACAACGCACAUUGCAGGCCUCACACGCCUCUCAGAAUAG